AAUAUUAUCUUGGACCCAGCACAUCAACUAGCUAUUUUUUGGGUCUCUCGGACGUUUCAAGUGAGAGUGCAAUCCCAAGUGACAGUGGAUGGUCACGGGGGAAACCCGACCGACAUCAACACCGAAGGCUUGUGUCUCUUGUCACUAAACGGUAGUAGUGUGCGGGGCUUGUCGAGUCUCUACAUCCUCAAGCAAAUCAUGAACAGAGUGAACCAUGAACGUCGAGAAUCGAGACUGGAUGCGGUGAAGUCAUGCGAGAUCUUAGAUCUGAUCGGUGGAACAAGCACAGGCGGUUGCGUGCAGCUUAUUGCCAUAAUACUUAACCGUCUUGGAAUGGACGUGGAUGAAUGCAUCUCUGCAUACACAGAACUGAUGCGGACCGUCUUCGAAUACCCGAUUAAACGGAUAAAAGUCAAUUGGCGGGGAAGUAUUCAGUCCAAAUUUGACUCUGAUAAGCUAAAGGAGGCGAUCGUGAGAGUCAUCAAUAAUUGUGGUUUCAAGGAUAACGAUCUCUUUUGUGACAAAAAAGAACGCGGAUGUAAAUGUUAUGGCCCACGAAACAACUGGGAUUACACAUUGCAAAGUUAUCCACACCCUGAAGAACCUCCUAUCACUGCGACGAUUUGCCAAGCCGCUCUCGUGCCAUCAGCCGCCACAACCUUCUUCGCCCCUGUGUCAAUUGGAGCACGUACCGUCGUGGAUGGGACUUUAGGUGCAAAUAACCCAGUCGUCGAAGUGUAG